AGCAGCGUCCCGAAACCUACUUUCAGAAUCGAGUUGCAGGAUGAUGGAUUCGUUUUCUCGAGCCUCCCUCCAUUUUACCCAACCGAAAGCUUUUGCCAUUCAGUUCACGGUCUUUUACGCGUAAAUGUUUUUUCUUCUUCUUCAUUUGGAUAUGCUGCCAACCCGCCUCUCAUCUUUCCAUCAACAACAGCAACAACAGUCAGCAGCAGAAGCCAAAAGUCGAGAAAGGAGAAAGAAAAAUUCCGAUUGAAACUUGGGCUUAUCGCACCACUCUCAUCUCAAGUGGAAGGACUACCAGGUUGAACAUUAACCGCGCUCGACGGCCUAUCUAAACGUCACAUCUCUUAUAUUAUUAUAUACUACCAUUUUUUUCCCCUCCUUCGUCUUCUUCUUUUCUAUUUAUGCGCUAUAUAUAAGCAACGCGCAUUUUCUAGGAGCAACACAACAACAGCAGUAACAACCAGUCGGUAGAUUUUUUUUUUCAGCUUUUAAAAAAAUAUUAUAAUUUGUUUUUUUUCUAAAAAAUAUUUAUAUGCGUCGUCAUAAGCGGCAGGUCUUCUCUUUUCAGCAUACAUUACCAGCGGCCGAUUGAUUGAAUUAUUCUUCUUCUACGCGGCGCGCCUACAGCCCUCGGACGGGACGAGAACGAAGCCGAGGCUUUUUUUUUUUAUUUUUUCGCCAUCGACGCCCAUCCAAAGUGAAUAGGAGGAAAAAGAGCCAAGUGAGAGAGAGUUAGCAUACAGACAGACACAAAAACUCCAAGCUCUUUUCAUCUGUGUGUGUGUGGGAACUCUAUCGGGAAAGGCAAAAUAGCGGGAUGUGUAUACACCAGGCAACAACAAGGCGCCCAUCAGGCAAGCUCACGAUAACGUCUGAUAGGCGUCUCCAAAAAGGAUAUCAAGGAAUCCAGGAAGAGAGCUCUAGACUUUGGGAAAAAAGAAAGAAAGAAAGAAGAGUGUAUACAACAGUAUAUAAUAGUUGAAACGACUCCGUUGGCCUCACAAAGUGACAUCAUUGAGAUAAUAGGACGGGAGAGGUCAGACAUUCGCGAGAUCGGGUCGUUUUUUGUUUGUUAGUUAGAAAGCGGGUUUUAUACUAGUUAGCUGCUUCUAUACACAGAGAUAGUUUCUUUCUAGUCUUUUUUUUCUAGUCUCUUCGCCGCAUAAUGGUGGCUCCGCAGUCGUCGUCGUCUUACCUAAACGGCCAGAACAGGAGAUAAAUGAUGAUUGGGCCAGCUUUGUUCAGAGGAGAGUGGAGGAUUUUUUUUUUAAAGGAAAGUUUUGGUCAGACUGCACAAGCUCGUACUAUGUAGGAUGAAGAAGAGUGACAAGAAUGACGAGAUUUAGAAGAUGCAGACAGGCUUAAUAUAGACGGUAUAUACUAUAGUCAGGGCCGCGCUAUCGGCGACUCUACAAAUUGGUCGUAUAUUCGAAAAGACGUGAAUUAUAUUUAUAUCUAAUAUCUACCCCGUCAUGGUGGGAAUAAAAAGAGAGAAAAAGCGCUGCUGGCUAGAUUCGUGAGCCGAUUCGCCGUGUCCCGCCUUUAUAUAUCUCUGUAGAAUCCAGGCUGGCCCGGCCCGGCACACCACGAUCGAAGACAAACAACCGAGUCAGAGUAAAGUGUGUUUUGUGGCUUAAUGACGGGGCCUUAUCGUGAUGUGGCGCGUCGAUUUUCCCCCCAAGUCCCGUCAAUCGUCGUAGAUUUUUGCCACCUCAUUCUCCAAUUCUUGAAUCUCUUGUGGCAUCAUUUGCCAGCCAUCAGUGACGGGUGAAUAGAGAGGACGGACGAGAUGUUUAUCUCCGCAGCAGCACGUACCUUUCCUAAGCAAACAUUCAGCACGACCGGUGGCCUAUAAAUAAAUAGAGGGAACCCUUGGCCAUUUGUUUAUUGGUUAAUGCGUUUUCCAUCCUUUCUUUUUCUUCCUUUCCCUAUUACUGGCGUCGCUGUUCACUUCAUCAAGCCUUAGACAUCAAUUGCAGUCCAGAAUUAAGCUCACGAUACUGCAGUCUUAUUUGGCCUCGAUGCAAUCAUCCAACCGAUCAAUCAAUCACUCUUCAACCGGUAGACGUCGCACUCGCAGAGCUUAAAAUCUAUGUAAACGUUGGCCUGACAGCAGAUAAGAGAACACACAAGAGAAGGUGGGAAAAGGUGCAGGCUGUUGGCAUUCUUUGCAUAGUGCAACUGUGUGUGCGCUGCAGCACAAAUGGCAGCACAGCUCUAUCGUGAGCUAGAUUUUAGCGCAUCUGCUUGGCCGUCUGAUAUUUGCCGCGAUGCGGUUGACGUCAAUAGCAUCAGCGCGUGUGCAGAUGUCAUCCACCGAGUCGUACGUCCCAACAAUAUCGAACCGGAAACGUUCAUUAUCGGACGCCACUGAUGGAUUCCACUGAGCUUCAUUAUGUCCGCGGUUGGCCAUCCGUCCAGCAGUUGCUCACGCUCUGCGGUUAAGGCAACAUUGAAGCCGUCGCCGGACAUCGCUAGCAGUUUCUCGGAAAAAAGAAAAACCCCGUCGAAGCCGUUCCUCAAUGCCACCACGACGACCGCCCCCUUGCCGCACAGUUUUAAUGUUCUGUCUCGCCGCAUGCCGCGUGAUGGAUACAGCAGCAGCCUAUGGAAGCCUUGGAAAACAACUUGCUCUCGUUCACGACGACGAACUCGACCUGCUCCGACCGAGAAGCCACGACGAGUUAUGGAUGACCAACCUGCUCGAUGAUGCUCGACACCUCGGAUGUCCAUCAUCAAUUAGCUUCACGACGUUCCGGAUGUCGGCGGCUAUCCGAAUUACCGAUGACAUUGUGCAACACGAUCUGGGUAUACACCUACGUACCACUUUGUGAAUUGGCUUAUACUAGGUAACACCGUAGAGGUCCAUACCGCAACCGCAUCAGCAUACGUGCCUCUUUUUUUGAUCGGCGAGGCUAUUUGACUCGGAUCGUGACACGGUGCGAUGGCAGACGGUGGGAUGCCCAUUUCAAAGAUAAGCGCAUCUCGUGAUGCUGGCCUCCUUUUUUAUGGGACUAUUGUAAAAAAGAGAUGGCAUCAAACGAGUGUUUGUUUCCCUCUUCUUUUCUUUCUUCUUUGUGUGUGGCAGCGUCUCUCUCUCUCUCUUUCCGCCAUCCAGGCAAAUUGUAUUGUUAAAUUCUUGUAUUAAAACACUUGCCGCUCGCAGCUGGAGGUCGGAGAUUAUUCGACGGUUUGGUGUUGGCGGCAACUGGAUGCCGGGUCGCUCAUGUCCUCCAACCCCUACUGUCGUCAACGAUGCCGCUUCUGAGGCUGGAUUUCAUACCUUGCCCAUCCAACGAAGCAGCAGCAGCAGCAGCAGCACCUGGUGGCCUGGAAAUUGAACGUUUGGAGCUUUACCGUCUCAAUGCAAGUUCUUAUUACAACUAUCUGGCAUCACCUACCCCCUUUUUUUAUUUUGUAAUUAUAUAAUUUCAUUUUGAAUUACUCCCGCUCAACGGCAUUUGCGUCGAAGGAGGCCAGCCGGGAUUACUGUGGCCUCUACGUGUUCAACAAGUGGCUGGAACAUCGCAUCUGCUCCUCGUCAAUGGAUGCCGACUCCCGCCGUCUAUUGCUGGACAAUGAGACGCCAUUCAAGCAAGCGAUUCACUUCAUUUCUAGUUUUUUCCAACGACCUUCCUGUCCGUCUUCUUUAUUUGACUCUUUUUCACGGACGACAGCGUUAGUAGGGAACUGCAGGACUGUUCCAAAUUAGAUGAUCUUCAGUGGACUCGAUCUAUGCGUCCAUUCAGGCUUGAGUUGGCUGAAGGUGUUAGCCGGCAACAGUUUAACGGGAACAAGUUGCGGUUGGCGUCGCUGGAACGACCGCCAUUUGUGAUUUUUGAACGCUCGAAUGGAACGGUAACCGGAUUCAAAGGGUACUGCUAUGAAAUCCUUCACGCCCUUCAAAAGAUCUACAACUUCACUUAUGAAGUUAAAGAGCCCAGUGAUAACACUUACGGGACAAUAACGGCGAACGGCAGUUGGAACGGGAUGAUUGGAAUGAUAAUCGAACACAUUGUCGACAUUGGCGUGGGUCCCUUUUCCGUCACUCAUUCCCGAUCUAAAGCCAUCGACUUCUCCGUCGCAUUUCACGAAGAACCUACAGCUAUACUGAUUCCGCCACCAGCGGAAGACAACCGUUUGUUGGCUUGCAUAAAACCUUUUCGUUUAGAGGUUUGGCUUUCCUUGCUAUUGUUUGCCCUUCUUCUACCCAUAGUCCUGUGGAAGGAUUUGACAUUUGUAUGGAAAACCUACCAGAAAGCCGCAGUCACUCACAGUCAAAUCUCGCCAGUGAAGCCAAAUGUUUUCCAGGAAAGAAGCCCGGCUUUAGCGAAGCAAUAUUUCUUUAUUUUAGGAGUUCUAAUUGGACAAUGUAUUGCUUCAUUUGUCACUUUAAGACUCCCUUUUUUGGUCAGGGAUGUUAAAAGCAGUUUGUCUCUUUAUGAUGAUCUAGCUGGACAAAAGUUGUCCUCAAUCGGAUUUUCACCUCGUUUACUCGGAGCAUUUUGGUGUUUGAGUGCCGUGGUGUUUGCCAGCGCCUACGUUGGAAUUCUCGUCGGUUUUCUAAGCUUUCCCAGAUUAUCGCCCAUCAUCGGUAAACUUGAAGAGCUCCCCGGAUCAAAACUCGGAUGGGGAGUGCAUCGAGGAACGGCUCUCGAAACGCUCUUUACUGAGGCCACAACUGGAGUUUACAAAACUAUUGGAGAAGGCCUUUUGAAGCAACAAGGGGCUUUAGUCGACGCUAACGCUGACGGUGUUCAACGUGUGACCAAUGGAAGCUAUGCUUUCAUAAAAGAAAAAUCGUACCUGCAAUUUGCUGUUGGAGAGGACUAUGCUCGAUCGGGAACCUGCCGUCUUAGUAUUGCUAAGCAGGAGUUUUUUAAAGUGAAUUUCGCGUUCGCCCUGCCCACGGAUAGUCCGCUCAAACACCUAUUGGAUAAAAAGAUCCUGCAGUUGAUAGAAACAGGUCUUGGUGAGUAUUGGAAGAAACUAUAUUGGCCACCAUCGAGUAGAAAAUGCGAUGACGUCAACCGAUCUGGAGGGGCUAUUAAAAGUCUCAACCUAACGGAUUUACAAGGCGCUUUUGUCAUAUUAGCUUUAGGUUCUGGAGCGGCAUCCGCCAUAUUUGUUGCAGAGAGAAUUAUCACUCAGUCCCUAAUUUCUCGUUUUCUAACAUUUAAAUCAGUGUUUUAAAAUCACUCUGCCAAGUAUAAAAUGUCGCUAGUAAGUAAGCAAUCAUUCGUAGAUUGUUGUAGGGUUAAAUAACAGUGCAAGUUUACGUGUCGUUGUCCUUUGAAGAAUUUUAAUCUUUUGUUCUUCAUUUCAAAGAUAUCGACGUACGAAUAACAAAGAAUCCUUAUGGGUACCGUGUGAUUAAGUUUGCAUUCUUAAUUUGUCAAUCUAGUUCUAACUGCCUAAUUCCCCUCCCCCUUAAAUCACGGCCACUCAACGUCAGUCUUAAUUGCUGAAGGGCUUAGGAUAAGGAUGUAACGUGUAAGCAGACUAUUACAAUAAUAAUAUGUAAUAUUCUAUUGUGGUCUAACUACGAAAACCAUUCAAAAUGAAAUUUUUCUUUAAUCAUGUGCAUGUCUCAUCUUAUAAAAAAUACACUUGUGGGAAGGUUGCAGCGAAAGGUACUGUAUUUGGUGUUUCACCUAAUGUUUUAUAUUUCGAAAUGUAAUUAUGGUAGUAUAGGAUGACAGAAAGAAAAAAAAAAGAAUCGACAAGAAUGCAAUAGGAGGUGGGAGUAGGAAGAGAGCACGGUCAUCGGCGCGUCAGGAAAACGUAAAGGAAUACAACCGAUCGAAAACGAUUUUUAAUACUAUGACCGGUUAUAUCUUUACAUAUAACUGUGCCUCAUUCAACGUCCACGUUGAACAGUUAAUUUAGUUGAAUUAGGAUUGACGCGAUGGAAACGACAUUUUCAUUGAAAAACGAAAUAAAAGUCAGGACUAGUAAGGCUAAUUUUUUAAGUGAUUAAAACAAAAUUGUGAUAGAAUCUUGAAUAA